AUGCAAAAAAAUGUCACUUGUGAGUUUUACAGAGAACACAUAAACACUAAACAUGCAGCAAAAGUCUCCUGCCCACUUGAAACCAAGAACAAUACAGCACUUGAGUGCCGGCUGUCUCCAGGCAACCUCAAGGAAGUCCCUACAGCUACCUGGAGCAACACCUCUGCCCCCUCCUACUCUCAUUUCCUGCUCCUUUCUGCUCCCUCCAAACCGCUUCACAGCUUCAACCAAGAUGACACUUCGUUUCUCCUUAACAGCUCCUGUCAAAAUUGCACCAAAAGUAAACCAGGAUCCCUCCCUGGCUUGGCUGGAAUCUUCAUCCCACUCAUUUAUUGCAUCGUUUGUGUCAUUGGCUUGGUGGGAAACACUCUGGUCAUCCAUGUUGUUGUCAACUACACAAAACACGAGUCAGUCACAAACAUCUACAUCCCCAAUCUAGCCAUUGCAGAUGAGUUUUUCAUGCUGGGCCUACCCUUCUUGGCGGUACAGAACACUUUGCUCUCGUGGCCUUUCGGCUCUCUGAUGUGCCGAGUGGUUAUGACAGUGGAUGCCAUCAACCAGUUUACCAGCAUCUUUUGUCUAACUGUGAUGUCAGUGGACCGAUACCUGGCUGUGGUGAAUCCCAUCCGCUCUUCUUGGUGGCGGCGCCCCCACGUGGCUAAGGCUAUCAGUGGCACCGUUUGGGUGGGGUCCUUUGUGGUGGUGCUGCUGGUAGUGGUGUUUGCGGAUGUGCUGAAGGAUGAUGGGAACUGCAGCAUCGUAUGGCCUGAACCAACAGAAGUGUGGAAGACAUCGUUUAUUGUCUACACGUGCACUGUUGGAUUCUUCUGCCCCCUGCUGGUCAUCUGCUUGUGCUACCUGCUGAUCGUCAUCAAGAUUCGACAAAUAUUCAGCUAAUGUGAUGGUGGACAGCAAGCCGGUCAACCUGGGCCUCUGGGAUACAGCUGGACAGGAAGAUUAUG